UUUUGGUUAUUAUUGUGCACGUCACUUCCUGAAGUCACACUUCACACUCCUGCUCAGUAGGUGGCGGUAAUGCACCAACAGCUGGUCCGCCAUCCGCCAUAAACCUGAAAGAAGAAGAAGAGUCUCUGGUUUCCUCUUCAGCAGUGUAUGAUAGGUGGCAGUAUGGAACUAGUUUUGGAUCUGAAAACCCGCAGAAACAGAAACUGGAGCUCCACGAGCUUUCAGCUAGUAAUUCUGUAGAUCUGAACAGUUCCAGUCUUCACUGUGGAUCAGCGGAGUCCGUUCUGAGAAAGAAAUGAUCAUCAGUUAGAUGGUUUCCUGCUCCUGGUGACAACUUCCCAAUCUGUUAGAAAUUUAUCUUCAGAAAUACUCAACCAAAACAGUUCACAAACAGGAUAAACUACUUAAACAGGGGAAGAACAUGGAAUCCAGAAAAAUGUCCAUUAAUCAGCCAGCAUCCUCUCCUACUCCUCCCAAACAAAUGCAGAAAAGUACAGGCAAGAAGAAAACUCACCAUUGCUCAGACUGUGGGAACAGUUUUAGUCAACUGAGUCAUCUCCAACGCCACCAGCGCAUUCACACUGGAGAGAAACCUUAUUACUGCUCAGACUGUGGUAAAAGUUUUAGUCGUCAGAGUACUCUCCAACGCCAUCAGCGCAUUCACACUGGAGAGAAACCUUUUUACUGCCCAGACUGUGGAAGGAGUUUUACUGAUCAGAGUUAUCUCAAAAGCCACCAGCGCAUUCACACUGGAGAAAAACCAUAUUACUGCUCAGACUGUGGAAGGAGUUUUACUGAUCAGAGUACUCUCAAAAAUCACCAGCGCAUUCAUACUGGAGAGAAACCGUAUUACUGCUCAGACUGUGGGAUGAGUUUUAGUCAACAGAAUACUCUCAAAAAACACCAGCGCAUUCACACUGGAGAGAAACCAUACCACUGCUCAGACUGUGGAAAGAGUUUUAGUCAACAGAAUACUCUUAAAAAUCACAAGCGCAUUCACACUGGAGAAAAACCCUAUCACUGCUCAGACUGUGGGAGGAGUUUUGCUGUUCAAAGUGUUCUCAAAAAACACCAGCGCAUUCACACUGGAGAGAAACCGUAUUACUGCUCAGACUGUGGGAGGAGUUUUACUGAUCAGAGUUAUCUCCAAAAACACCAGCGCAUUCACACUGGAGAGAAACCAUAUUUUUGCUCCGAUUGUGAGAAGAACUUCAGGUAUUCUGGUAGCCUGAAGAAACACAAAUGCUCUAAGAUCAGUAAUGGAACAGGGUUAGGUUUCCAAAAACAUUGUAAAGGUAAGAACUUAACUAGUUAACUAGUACUUAAGAUCGAUCGCUAAUUAAAGAGUGUUUUCCAAACACUUGUGUGACCCAAACCCUUUGUGGUUUGACCGAGCGCUCUGUUUUGGGGGAGGAGUCAUCAAAGCCAGUCUUUGAACUCUUUUGUUAAUUUUCACUUUGUAGAACCCUUGGGGAAACACUUACAGAACUGGCUUGUUCUUUUCUCAUGUCAUGCGUUACUUUGUCAGUUAUUCAUGAAGAUUGAUUUUUGGGAAGUUAGAUAUCUUCACUGUGAGGUGUACUCACAUGUGUUACCAGCUAUUUAGACAUUAGUGGCUGUAUGUGGAUUUAUUUUCAGUGGACAGUAAAUCUAUACUGCUCUACAAGCUGUAUACCGCCUACUCUAAAUUAAAUCUAAGUUUCAUUUUUGUAAUGUCGUUCCAUUAAAAGAUAAAAGCAUUUCACCUACAAAGCUGUAACAAUUAUUGUCAUCAAUUUCCAAAUGUUUAUUGAGUGUUGUUAAAAGGAAAGGUGAUGUAACAAAGUGGUAAACGGGCCUCAGUUCCAACUUUUUUGGAGCGUGUUGCUGGCUCAAAAUAACUGAACAUUUGUGAAAACCAAGUUUAUCCUUUUGGAUAUUAAAUAUCUUGUCUUUGAAGUGUAUUCAAUCGAAUAUAGGUUGAAAAGGAUUUGCAAAUGUACAUUCUAUUUUUCCAUUUUGUUUUAACCCAUACAAUGUAUAUUAAAAUACAAAACUCUGUAUGUUGUAGUGAAUUACUCAAAUAAACUGGAAAAACAA